AAAUCAUCGCUAAAAGCCCACCCUUAAAGAGCGCAUCUCACCAUUCUCCCCAUCUUUCUCUCCGAGCUAAGCGCGCUCCUUCCUCUCUGGUCGAAUCAAUGAGUUUAAGGGGAGAAAAGAAAAAAACAGUCUAUGCUUUUUUAUAAGAACGGAUUAAACAGGUGCUUUUUUUGGCUUUCAGGAAUAACAGAACAACAGCAGGAAUCUGACCCAGACUUCUAAUAACCAACCCUGAUACCUUCACAACACUACAGAGGUGAGAUGAAAUUCUUCCCAAGAGGAUAACUCUGACAAGCAGUCAUAACAGCUCUGCUUGGUUUACUCCCCUGGGACUCUGCAAGAAUCCCUGUAUUUGUGACAUCUGCACCAAGCCAAUAGGGUCCUGUCUCCUGUGAGUGUGCCAAGUCUGCUCUGAGAUCCUGCAGCCAGUCACUUGAUCUUCUCUUCCCCCUCCUGGGGUUAUUACCAACAGCUUCCCAUCACACUGCUUUGCUGGGUGCCUGUAGCUCCUCUCAUCUUAAGCCAUGAUGAAUGAAGUUCAGGAGGCAACCUCCCCUGCAACCAGCCUGAGCGGCCCUGCUACCUGUGUCUCCAAAGUUGAGCUGCGUGUGUCUUGCAAAGCUCUGCUGGACCGAGACACGCUGAAUAAGUCAGACCCCUGUGUCGUACUAAUGGUACAGAACAAUGGACAGUGGAUUGAGUUGGAUAGGACAGAAGUGAUAAAGAGCAACUUACACCCGAUCUUCGGGAAGGUUUUCGGUCUGGAUUACUACUUUGAGGAGGUGCAGAAGCUGCGAUUUGAAGUUUAUGACAUCCACGGGACCCACAGCAUAGGGACCCGUGAUGAUGACUUUCUGGGAGGCAUGGAAUGCACACUUGGCCAGAUUGUGGCCCAGAAGAAGAUGAUAAAACCUUUGCUGCUGAAGUACGGGAAAUAUGCCGGCAAGUCCACAAUCACAGUUCAUGCCGAGGAAAUUUCUGGAAACAAUGGGUAUGUGGAGCUCUCCUUCUGUGCUAAGAAGCUGGAUGAUAAGGACCUGUUCAGCAAGUCAGACCCAUUUUUGGAAAUAUUUCGAAUUAACGACGACGGAACUGAACAGCUUGUCCACAGAACCGAGGUGAUCAAAAACAACCUGAAUCCAGUGUGGGAGCCCUUUAAAGUGUCACUCAUAUCUCUGUGCAGCUGUGACGAAGAGCGCAAACUCAAGUGCCUAGUGUGGGAUUAUGACUCCAGAGGAAAGCAUGAUUUCAUCGGCGAGUUCUAUGCCACAUUCAGGGAAAUGCAGAAAAUUUCCAGUGGAAAUAAGGUUUCAUGGGAUUGUGUGAAUCCUAAGUACAAACAGAAGAAGAGAAACUAUAAAAAUUCAGGAGUCGUCAUUCUCAGCGACCUGAAGCUCCACAGAGUCUAUUCCUUCUUAGAUUACAUCAUGGGAGGUUGCCAAAUUCAUUUUACGGUUGCUAUUGACUUCACUGCAUCCAACGGAGAUCCAAGGAACAGCUGCUCUUUGCACUACAUUAACCCGUACCAACCAAAUGAGUACCUAAAGGCUCUGAUAGCUGUUGGUGAGAUCUGUCAAGACUAUGACAGUGACAAGCGGUUCUCAGCUCUGGGCUUUGGUGCCAGAAUUCCACCAAAUUAUGAGGUCUCACAUGAUUUCGCCAUUAAUUUCAACCCCGAGGAUGAUGAAUGUGAAGGGAUCCAAGGAGUCGUCGAGGCAUAUCAGAGCUGCCUUCCUAAGAUCCAAUUAUAUGGCCCCACAAACGUUGCUCCGAUCAUUAACAGGAUAGCCAAGGUGGCAGCAGGCGAUGGCAACAUUAAAGAUGCAUCUAUAUACCACAUCCUGCUCAUCCUCACAGAUGGUGUGGUCACAGACAUGGCAGACACACGUGAAGCCAUUGUUCGAGCAUCCUACCAGCCUCUUUCGAUUAUCAUUGUUGGCGUGGGCAACGCAGAUUUCACAGACAUGCAGAUUCUGGAUGGAGACGAUGGUGUGCUGCGGUCACCGAAAGGCGAACCUGUCCUCAGGGACAUUGUGCAAUUCGUCCCUUUCCGAGACUUUAAAACGGCUUCUCCUGCAGCCUUGGCGAAGUGUGUUCUUGCAGAAGUACCUGGUCAAGUAGUUGAGUAUUUCAGCCAUAAGGCCAUUUCGCCUAUGAGCCCGAUGAGGGAAUUGCUGACCCCCAUCCUAAGCCCAGUGGCCACAACCCCUACGGAAUAAAUGGCAGCUUCGUACCUGCAGCCCGCCUUGGAGCACAUCAGCAGUCUGGAAUACCAGGGGGUACAGCAGAUGCAUGUCUCUACAUGAGAACUGAAGAGAAAAUUCUUCUAAAUGUGUUGUAAUUUAUUUCAAGCAAAAUGUUUACACCAAGACUGAAACACAAUAGAAUGUGGAUUAUAUUUCUGUGCUCUGUGUGGGUUGAGCACUUCCUCCUGGUUAUGCGAACUGACCAUCCAGCUUUUUCAGCAACAGAACCCCUGAGGUGUUAUGUUUUCUCCUCAUUAUGUUUAUGCAUGCAGGCCAGGACCUUAAUGAUGAUUUAGUGAUCAGACAGAGGCUUGUUUUUUUUUUUCUGCUAUCAACAUCAGUUCAAGAUUUCCCUUCCUUUCGCACAAAUAAAUAUAAAUUAAUUAGAUUCAGAAUUAGUUGAAUAAAAUGUAAGAAAUGCUACAGUUUACUGUUGAUCUUAUAAUUUAUCUGUAGGCUUAAGAAUAUGUCUGGUAGUAAAAUUGGCCUUAUUUUUGAAAUUACAUUUGUAAGUACACAUUGACCAUAAUUUCAAAUUUCCCCAACAGGGAACUGACAUCGGUAUGCACUGUAAAUGCCUCAUUUUUCUAUUUAAGUGUACUGCUUGAUGUGAUAUACUGAUAAAAAGUUUGUCUGAAUGUGCUUCAGCCACUGACAACAAAACAAAACCUUCUUUAAAAUACAUGUCAAUGAUAGAAAUGUAAACAUGGAAGUGCUGAUGAGUACAGUGUAGUCUAUUUAUAAUUCACCAAAUCCCUUUAGCGGUCAUCUAUGAACGCUAGACUGAAGAGCAAACGAGAUAAAUUCAUGAUUAGUUGUAUAGGAUACUGUAACUUUUUGAUGCAGACUAAAGGUAAAUAUCAACAUGUUAUCUACCUUUUUUAUGUUUGCAGGUUUUAACUGCCACCUUGUGAAACUGCAAGUGAUAAAGCUUCAGUAAUCUGCUGUUUACAAUUUAGCUUUGGCUCUGUAUAUGCUUUUUUCCCUUCAAGACUGAACUGAAAGCCUACAUAAAAAUAUAUAUGACCAAGAUAUAUGUAAUUUUUCUGCAAGAGUAAACCAGCUUGAUUUGUUGUCAAGUGGCUAAAAUAAGCAGUAAAAAUCCUGCGUCAUGACAGGUUAUGUUUGAACUCUUGUAUUGUUGUCAUCCCUUAGUAAGCCAUCAGCCACCUAGUAACCUUUCAUGUAACUGCUGUUAGUUUUGUUUUGCAAAAUUUCCUUUUUUUUCCUGCUUUUAUAUGCAAUGUAAUUCUAUCAGUUGUUAUAUAAAACAUUCAAGUUGUAACAAGUUUAAAUCACAUCAAAGCACAAAAUACAUUAAUGUUGUAACACAUGUUAAUAUUGAUUUCAUUUACACCAGAAUAAUAAAUUCUUGGAGAUUAA